GGGGGGGUAGCGCAGCGAAAACAAAGAUGGCGGCUGCGCCGGGGUCUUUGGCCAUGGCGGCUGCAGGACUACGCGCGGGCGGGGCCUACUGAGGCGGCUGCGCGGCAAGCGGGCUGCGGGGUCGCGGGCAGCGGCAGGAGACCGGCGGGGGCGCGCGGCGGCCCUAACUUCCAACUAGCGAGCGCGCCGGCAGUCGCCCGCCCGGCCGGCCGGCCGCGAUGUCCGGCGCCGAGGAGGCCGGCGGGGGCGGCCCGGCCGCGGGACCCACGGGCGCCGUGCCGGUCGGGGUUGGGGUCGGGACCGGGGUUGGGGCAGGUGCAGGGCCGGCGGCGGCGGCGGCGUUGGGCGAGGCAGCAGGGCCCGGGCUCCCGGACGAGGCGGGCCUGGCUGGCGCCCGGCAGCUGCAAGAGGCGGCCGGCGACCCCGACGCGCCGCCCAAGAAGCGGCUGCGGGCAGCCGAGGCGGCCGAGGCGGCGGCGGUGGCGGCGACGGCAGCGGGCAGCGGGAAGCUGGAGGAGCGGCUCUAUUCGGUGCUGUGUUGCACCGUGUGCCUGGACCUGCCCAAGGCCUCCGUGUACCAGUGUACUAAUGGUCACUUGAUGUGCGCUGGCUGUUUUAUCCACCUACUAGCAGAUGCCCGGCUGAAGGAGGAGCAAGCCACGUGCCCCAACUGUCGUUGUGAGAUCAGUAAGAGCCUCUGCUGCCGGAACCUGGCCGUGGAGAAAGCCGUGAGCGAGCUGCCCUCAGAGUGUGGCUUUUGCCUACGCCAGUUUCCCCGCUCCCUCCUGGAGAGGCACCAAAAAGAGGAGUGCCAGGACAGGGUAACUCAGUGCAAGUACAAGCGCAUUGGCUGUCCAUGGCAUGGCCCCUUUCAUGAGCUGACAGUGCACGAGGCUGCAUGUGCCCAUCCAACCAAGACGGGCAACGAGCUGAUGGAGAUAUUAGAUGAAAUGGACCAGAGCCACCGCAAGGAAAUGCAGCUCUACAACAGUAUCUUUAGCCUGCUCAGCUUUGAGAAAAUCGGCUACACAGAAGUCCAAUUCCGGCCAUAUCGCACGGAUGACUUCAUCACACGCCUCUACUAUGAGACACCACGGUUCACAGUGCUGAACCAGACAUGGGUCCUGAAGGCUCGUGUGAAUGACUCAGAGCGCAACCCCAACCUGUCGUGCAAGCGUACACUUUCCUUCCAGCUCCUCCUCAAGAGUAAAGUCACAGCACCCCUGGAAUGCUCCUUCCUGCUGCUCAAGGGCCCAUAUGAUGAUGUGAGGAUCAGUCCUGUUAUCUACCACUUUGUCUUCACUAAUGAGAGCAAUGAAACAGACUAUGUGCCUCUGCCCAUCAUCGACUCUGUGGAGUGCAACAAGCUGCUGGCCGCCAAGAACAUCAACCUGCGGCUCUUCCUAUUCCAGAUACAAAAGUAGGAUGGAUCCAAGACUCCUGAGGAGCAGAGGACCGUGGCCUGGCACCACUCUCCUCUUUACCCCUGGCUUGGCAGUGGCUUCACACAACUAUCUGAUCAUUUUAGCAAAGGAGGAGAACAAGCAAAAUCAAAACUGGGAAAGUCUGCAUGUGUGUGUGAUGCAGUCCCCACCUCCAGCUCCCCUCUUCACCCCUGCUACCCCUUCCCCAGGGCAGCUGGAGGCUGGGCUGACCUCAGAGGAGACUGUGCUCUGGGCUUCUCAGGCUCAGGGCCAGCAGCAAAGAGGGUGAGAAGCCUGUGGCCCCUGUGCAAUCCCAUCCUCACAGCUUGGUUGCACUUCCUACCGUGGUUCCUGGCUGGGCACAGGGGCCCUCGUUGACUGCAGACGGCGUAUUUGAUUGUGAUUAAAAAGGCAGCCUUGUUUCCUACUUGAUGUUUUGUUGGAGGGAAAGGCAUGGCUAUGAAUGGACGCGUGGGAGCUUUGUUUUGGCCUGGGGGGUCAGGGGCCACCCUGUCUCUGUUACUGCACCCAUGCAUGCCAAGGAGAGACUUGGAGACAUAGCCUCCCCUGCAGCCUGUCACAAGAUCCUUAGAGAGCCAGGAAGGGUUGAGGCUCCCCCCAGCCAGCCAGCCACCCCCAGGGAGGCAGGACUCUGCUACCAGGGCUCAGCAAAUGUUUUCGGAAUGCAGGGUGAAAUUCUUUCUCUUCCCAGGAAAAAAAUUAAACUCUUCACAGGCUCUUCUAUAAUUGAUGAAGUUUUAAUGAGAGAGAAUCCAUUCACUCUACUCAGCCUACAGGGCACAGUAUCCUGAGGAUGUAGAGGAGCAGUCACAGGCUGUUCCAGCUUAAUAAGGGCAAGGUCUGCUGCCAGAGACUGACUGCUGGCCACAGUAGGUUUCCUGACUGAAAGAGGUGGGCCUACCCAGCCUUGACUCACAAUCCUCUGAUGUUCUGAAGGUGGCUCUUGGGGCUCAGAGGGUCUGAAGCAGCCCUGCAUGGAGGAGCUGGGCUCUGGUCUGUUCUUCCUUGGGACCUUUAGAGGUGCUAGAAAGGGUGGAACUUGAUUAGGAGACGGGCUCGUCUGUGAUAGUUUUUUUGUUGCUUUAAUACCAAAGAACUGGUUUCCUCUGCCCUUGCAAAGCCUACCUAACAUGCCUCAGAGCAGUCACUACCUGGCCUCUGCAGUAUGCCUUGGCCUAGAUCCCCACUACUCUGUCCUGAGAGCCUGAGGGGCAGGUAAUCCUGGUUGGGUACAGAGCUUAGGUCAUUGACACACACCCCCAGGGCUUCUGCCACCCUAAUCUUCAAGAUUAGGUAGCUGAGAAAUAGUGGGAAGGGACUGUAGAAUAGGGAAUAAGCUGUAGCCAUUUGUGAAUCAGUUCUGCUCUCCUCACAGGGAAAAGCCUCUUAGAGCUAUUUCUGAGAAUCCUGUUUGGGUUCUUGUUCUCAGCUCAGGCAUGGGCCUGCUGUAGUGUCCCCUAGGGAGCCUUCUCUUCUGUAAAGCUGAUGAGCUGGGGAAUUAAGAAGGCCGACACCGGCCCAGGGAUUUAACUCACUCGGUGGCAUAAGUACCUGCCUUGCAAGUAUGCAGUCGUGAGUUUGAUCCUUGGUACCAAAACAACAACAAAAUAGAAGGCCAAUGUUUGACUUUCUGUUCUUUACAAAGACCCAGUCCAAGUCCCAGCAAUCUGUGGGCUCUGCACCCUCUAAAGUAACACACCAUGUCUGCUUAGCGUGCAUAGAGAGGCCCUCAGGAGGAUAGGCAAAGGCCUCCUGGGAAGUCCCAUCAUUUCUAAGGUGGAAGGAUGGCUGGCUUGGCUUGUCCACCUAUAUUUGGGUGUGUAUAAGACACUGUGAACUCAGUACGGAUCAGGGUGGGAGGCUUGUUCCGCACAGGCACAGCCAAACUGGGACAAGGUGAGCAACUGAACGGGCAAGGGCUGCAGGAACUAGGAGGCCAGAACAGGGACAGAGGCCUAGCUGGUAGUCCUGUGGCCUCCUCAGUGCCAGAUGCUAGCCUAGUAUGUGGGGCAAGGGAUAGAAGGAGCUAGCCCAAGACAUGGCUGGGGUGAAGGCCCAGAGGUAUGGUAUGUCUGGGUAUUAGGCAUCCUAGUGCUAUCCCAGCAUGGACCUGCCCUGUGACUGACUGUCCCAUGCAUCAGCUGAGGCUUAUAGCGUAGGGGAACCAGGCAACUGAGAAGACUGGCAUGUCCCUCAGCCAUGCUGGGGGCUGGUGCCACAAAGCUCGUGGCGUUCUCACUGUGGGCCCUUUAUUGCUAGGGGUGCCACAUCUACUGGUUUGUCUCCAGAAUACUGUGUCAUCUUGCUGUAUCAAGCUGGUUCUUCAUCUGUUACCUCUGUGGAUGGGGGGCCCAGCCUCAGCAGAUGUGGGGGAAGUCAGGGGUUCGUAGGCUAAGCAAUGCCUUCCCCACUUCACACCCCAGUCCCUGUGAGCCCCAUAUCCCUCAGUUUGCCCAAAGUGAGACAUUUACAAAAAUAAUAAAAAGUAAUUUUUUAAAGAGCA